AGGUUACAUGUACAGAAGACGUGCGAGGUGAAGACUGAAGAGAGAUAAUGGCCACUGUGGUAGCAGAUAACAUUGCUAAGGCACUCACCGCUGUGGCGACCACGUCAGCAAAGUCAGGCAGCACAACAACUCAACCAACUAAUGAGAAUUCUCCGAGACCUGUUCAACAGAUUCAUCUUCAGCAGGAGGACUCCAACUCGGGAAAAAUACCCGCCAUCUCUAUCAAACCACCAUCACCCCGCAGAGGAUUCACUCCUUACAACCCAUCUUCAGCUGUCACCCCAACUGUAACACCCACUGUCACACCUGUUACACUCAACAUCACACCUGUCACACUGGGUGUCACACCCACUGUGACACUGCCACCAACUGUGACACUGCCACCCACUCCAACACCCGCUACUUGUUUCCUAGCAAGACAUAUACCACCACCACGGAAUACCGCUGUUAAAUCACACCGAUCACAGCACAUUUACCACCCUUAUCAUCAGCCUCACCGCACCUUCAGCAAACAAGAGAUCUCCAGUUCGGGAGGACAAAACGUGAGAACAAGUACGACAACAAGUGGGACAACUCGGCCCCACGUCGCAAUACUUCGUCCUAUCAAGGGAAGAAAUGGUCAAACUCUACACAUCGGUAAGCCGAGUUCGGGUGGCACCUCACGAGGAUUCCCGAUCCAGUUACAGCAGAGCGGACAAACAACUUACAUACAACUAGAUAACGCUACAUACCGGGCCCUGACCGGCAAACAGACCAGCACCACUGAAGCUGCAGCACCUAGACCUCAAACUACAUCAACAGUUCGGCCGAGUAACAGCGCAGGCAGUACAAGCAGUGGAGGCCAGUAUGUGAGGUUGGAAUACGAUGUGAACACCGGACAUUCAACUAGUCCCCAGUAUGCCCUCGAUACUCCCUCCGAUACACCCUUCCACAACACCAUCAGUCACCAGAAUCAGUACUACGACAGUUACGGUAACUACUACGACCGUCCCCACCCCGGAUACCACAAACUGGACUUUCCCGACAUUACAUCUCAGAGAAACUCUCAAGCUGCUAUCAGAGCUGCACCUGUCACGAUCACCUGGUUGAUGGCUAACUACGAAGUUGCUGAUGGAGUAUCCUUGCCCCGGUGUCUCAUGUAUUCUCACUACAAGCAGCACUGUCGUGAGCACAAGCUUGAGCCUGUUAACGCUGCCUCCUUCGGCAAGAUCAUCCGCUCCAUCUUCAUCAACCUCAAAACCAGGCGUCUUGGAACCAGAGGUAACUCGAAGUACCAUUAUUACGGUAUUAGGAUAAAGAACGAUUCCAUCCUCAACUCUUACGGCGAAGAAUUCUCCCACCCCAACCGUUCCAAACACAUUUCCAGGAUAAGCAUUCAACCGAACCAGCCAGAAACGGUAACCUGUACGGAAAACUACGAGAACCACAUCAAGUUUAUCGGAGUGCCACCCAAAGUUUUCCCCAAAUUUCAACCGCUAAAAAUCCCGGAGGGAGUCGAUCUACCUGAAGCAAUAUCGGUGGAGGACGUAGAGCAUUUUUCGUCAUCGUAUCUGAAUCACUGCGUGGGUAUAGUGUACGCAGUUGGUCUGCUCAAUUUCCCUGAAGUUGAGGGUCUCUGGCAGUCCUUCUGGCAAGGAGUGGGUCUCACUUCUCAAGCUUACAAGAACAAACUCUGUAAAGAAUACAGGAAAAGAGACGACACCUCCGGAGAUGAGCAAGACGAGAUUGCCGUAUGUGACGAUAAACACGUAUCAAAAGAGGUUCUCCAUCCUAUGUGCGAGUUUGUGUGGGUUCAAGAGUGGGUCAAAGUCAUUGACUAUUCUGUCUAUCAAAUGCUCAUAGAUAUUGUCAUGCCUGAUGUCCUUCAUCCUAUUCCAGGUUCCUUGACACAGAUGAUUCGUAACUUUGCCAAGAAUAUGGAAACAGUGAUGUUACACGCACUUUCCGGAUUGCCUGUCAAAUUCCUUCAAGCUAAGUGUGUUGCUGCCAACGCAUUCGCGCAGACUCUCCGACGUUACACUUCCUUGAACCACCUUGCACAGGCUGCACGUGCUGUACUGCAAAACUCUCAUCAAAUCAGUCAGAUGUUGGCUGAUCUGAACAGAGUAGACUUCACUAACGUCCAGGAACAAGCAUCCUGGGUAUGUGGAUGUAGUGACGCGGCAGUCGCAGAACUUGAGAAGAGCUUCAAAGGAGCAUUGGAGCAGCAACAAGGACUGGAGGGAUGGGCUGCCUGGUUAAAGAAUGUGGUGGAUCAGCGGCUGGCACCGUUCACUAACAAACCCGAGUUCCCCCAACAUGCUAAAUACUUCCUGCUUAAUUGGUCAUUCUACUGUUCUAUGGUGAUCAGAGACCUGACGCUUCGCAGCGCCGCUAGUUUCGGCAGUUUCCACCUUAUCCGGCUGCUGUACGAUGAGUAUAUGUACUACUUGGUUGAACAGCGGGUUGCCAAGUUCAGGAACACCGAUCCAGUUGUGGUGAUGGGCGAGUGUAUCACUUUGCACCAGACGAUGAUAAAGAAGUGCGAGGAAGCAUCAAAACAAGUCUUCUCUGAACACACUCAGCCCAUGGAACCUAGUUCGUUGAGUACGCCUGGAAACUCCUCCUUAUACCAGGGAGGCGAUGACGGAGAUGAAGAUGACAGCUUCGACAGUGAGGAUGAUGACAGUCAUCAACUAACUUCCCUCGAUACUGCUGUUUCAGGUAAAACCAUCCCCUACCUAAACAAAGACUCAAAGACUUACAGUAAAACAACUCGUCCUGGUUCCCACGAGCACGUGCAAGUUAAAGUCGAGCCGCGCGAUCACUCAAACAGCGCAUUCAACUUCGACGAAACGGAAGAGGAACACACAGCAAAGCGGCCUUGUGUUGGCAACAGCAUGGGAUGAAAUGAACAUGUCUCAAAUCAUGUCUCACGCGUUACAGGUCACGCUGUGCUAGGCACGUGACGUCAUCAAUUGGACUCCAUUAAUUCAGAGCAAGAUCGAGUUGUGUUUCUUUUUAACUUUUGUAAAUGUCAUUUCGUACCCUCGACGACCGGCCACUCAUUCCAGUAAGCUGGACUAAUUAUAAUAAUCUGCUAACAUACUGUUGGCUUAUAUUAUCUGGUAAAUUGAGCUAACUGUAACUACUAUCUACUAGCGAAAACGUUAGUUAUUUGUUAUCCAAUUAACAAGUUAAACGGUUAACUUCACUUUGAAAUUGAUGUUUUGAUCGCAAAACCCCGAAAUAUAUUAUAUGAUGUACAGAAUAUUGCAGAAGCAGAGAAGAAAUUUCGCGUACAGUUUUAUGAAUUCUGGACAUUUUUAAGGUAUGUAGGUUCGUAACACAUGUCAGACAUUGAUUGUCAAGAACUUUUUAUUGUAGUUUAUGUAGUCAGCUGUUCAAUCUUCUUUUUUUCAACAAUCUGUAAGAUGUCAGAAGUUAUUGCGGAUUUUUGUUUGUCGUAAACAAGUUCCUUGUCUAUCUGUAACUAACAUAUUCUUCCGACGGGAAAUUAUGAUAAAUCAUCUUUUAUUUUUGAAAGUAAGAUGAGUUUAUUAGUCACGUUUAUUGCUAAAUUAUGCUCUACUUAGCAUUAAACAACUUUUGGAAGCAUAAAUUAUAAUGCGUUUAUUAAACGUAACGUAAGAACGCGAUUUUGAUGAAAAUUUUGUUUGGUUAUAUUGCAAUAUAUCUGAGAUGAUCUAGUUGCAGUUGUUAACUUACUAAUUUUUAGGAUAAUAUAUACUAUAACACGUGUGUCGAUAUAAUUACACGAUAACUACCCACCUUUAGUAUCUGCAAGAUUUCACUAUCAGAGAGAAAUAAGCUUUUGAUGUGUGAACUUAUUGAUGAAAAAACAGUUGAAUGCAUUGUUCGUGUUACGGAGUGAUAAUUAAGCGUUGGGAAGUUUUUGUAAUUUGAAUUGUAUUGUAUACAUAACCAUUAUGUGACUCCUAAUUUUUAUCUCUGAAA